GGAUUAGGUCAGUGUCACUCCAGGAACUGUUGCAUAUUUAAGCACCGGAUGUUUGUCAAACUUGUAAUGUGCUUGUACCCAUUAUGUUAAGAUUUUUCUUUUUCAAAACCUCGGGACCAAUACCUGAUGGUGCGAAUGCUGUUGUUCAAGUUGAGGACACCAAACUAGUUAAAGAUGCUUUAGCUGAAUCUAAGCAAGUACAAAUAUUCGUGCAGGCUCGAAAAGGCCUUGAUAUACGGCCAGUGGUAGAUGUUAAUACCUUUUCCGGUCAUGUUCCUUUUUUGUUCUAUUUUGUGGCCAUACGUGUGUUCUUUUGGCAUGGGGUUUGUGUUGGGGCUGAUCUGCCAAUUCCUUUGGGAGUUUCACCUAUUUUCGAAUCUUAUCCCUUUUAAUAGAUUUGCUCUUUUGAAGAGUUCACA